CUUUACGGUACCGGAUGUACUUUUUCCCAACCUAGGGACUUGGGCUCUUCCUGUGAAAGACUGGGCGAUUCUUAACAGGGUCGUUCGGUUUUAUAGGCUUCGAGGAAGUGGGUUUUAAUGGAAACAAUGAAGGCCUAGCGGCGAGCAGUCAGAAAACCGAUGACAGGCCGGUCGGAUCAGCGAGGCUUGUGAUGAGUGACUGACAGGUAUCCAGGGCAGGAUGUUCAGUGGUGAAAAGGUGUCCGUUUCAGGCCACAUAUGAACUAAUCUGGUAUGGCUUCCCAGCUUCAGGUGUUCUCUCCGCCUUCGGUGUCGUCCAGUGCCUUCUGCCGCGUGAAGAAACUGAAGGUGGAGAGCUGUGGUUGGGAUGUGACCAGCCAGGCGGGAGAGAGCAAGUACUAUCCACUGAGCCCCACUCAGGUAAACUCCACUGCCCGGGCUGCCAUGGCGGGCCAGGCCCCCAGCUACAACCCCGCCGGCAUGGCCUACAACCCCCCCAAUCUGGUGUUUCCACCCGCGGGGGGGUCCCGCGGGCAGGUCGUGGUGCGCGCCGCCGACAGCACGGGGAGCCUGCCGGGGGCCUCCGGUCACCGGGGCAACGACAACCCGCACGCGCACCGGGAGCUGGGGCAGAAGUACGGCCUGAAGCGCAAGAGCGAGGAGGUGGACAGCGGCGGUAGCGUCCAGAUCCUGGAGGAGCUCUCGGCGCCGGUGCUGUCCAACCGGACCGGCGCCGGGACCACCGCGCAGUCCAUCGCCCACUCGGCCUCCACCACCAAGAGCAGCACCUCCAACAGCGAGGGCGACUACCAGCUGGUGCAGCACGAGAUCCUCUGCUCCGUGGCCAACAGCUACGAGGUGCUGGAGUUCCUGGGCCGCGGCACCUUUGGCCAGGUGGCCAAGUGCUGGAAGCGGGGGACCAACGAGAUCGUGGCCAUCAAGAUCCUGAAGAACCACCCCUCUUACGCUCGUCAGGGGCAGAUUGAGGUGAACAUCCUGGGCCGGCUGAGCUCGGAGAACGCCGACGAGUUCAACUUCGUGCGCUCGUACGAGUGCUUCCAGCACAAGAGCCACACCUGCCUGGUGUUCGAGAUGCUGGAGCAGAACCUGUACGACUUCCUCAAGCACAGCAAGUUCAGCCCGCUGCUGCUGAAGUGCAUCCGGCCCGUGCUGCAGCAGGUGGCCACCGCCCUGAUGAAGCUCAAGAGCCUGGGCCUCAUCCACGCCGACCUCAAGCCCGAGAACAUCAUGCUGGUGGACCCGCUCCGCCAGCCCUACCGCGUCAAGGUCAUCGACUUCGGCUCGGCCAGCCACGUCUCCAAGGCCGUCUGCUCCACCUACCUGCAGUCGCGCUACUACAGGGCUCCAGAGAUCGUCCUGGGCCUGCCGUUCUGCGAGGCCAUAGACAUGUGGUCUCUGGGCUGCGUCAUUGCCGAACUCUUCCUGGGGUGGCCCCUGUACCCCGGGGCCUCUGAGUACGACCAGAUCCGGUACAUCUCCCAGACCCAGGGUCUGCCGGCCGAGUACCUCCUGAGCGCCGGGACCAAGACCAGCCGCUUCUUCCACCGCGGCCCCGACGCCAGCUACCCUCUCUGGAGGCUGAAGACACCAGCAGAACACGAGGGCGAGAUGGGCAUCAAGUCCAAGGAGGCGCGGAAGUACAUCUUCAACUGCCUGGAUGACAUGAUGCAGGUGAACAUGUCCACUAACCUGGAAGGGACGGACAUGUUGGCGGAGAAGGCGGACAGGAGGGAGUUCAUCGAUCUCCUGAAGAAGAUGUUGACUCUGGACGCUGACAAACGCAUCACCCCCAUCAAGACCCUGGCCCACCCCUUUGUGACCAUGGCCCACCUGCUGGACUUCCCCCACAGCUCCCACGUGAAGUCCUGCUUCCAGAACAUGGAGAUCUGCAAGCGCAGGUGCACUUCCUUCGACAGCGGGAAGAGCCUCUUCGCCCCCAACGCGGCCCCCAACGCUGCCGCCAACCUCACCGUCACCUUCAGCAGCCAGCUCAACCAGCACAAUCAGGUGGCCUCGGCGGGCGGCCCCUCCCUCUCCCUCAACAGCAGCGUGCCCCUGCUGAACUACCAGCCGGCCCUGUACCAGCAGGCCACCAUCAACAUCCCCGGCCUGCCCCAGCAGAGCGUCCCGCUGCAGACCCGCCCCGCCCAGCUGUGCGCUCAGACCGAGCCCUUCCAGCAGACCCUCAUCGUGUGCCCGCCCACCAUCCAGGGGCUCCAGACCUCCAGUAAGCACACGGCCUUCCCUGUGAGGAUGGACAACCCUGUGCCCCUGGUCCCGCAGAACCAGCCCGCCCAGCCUCUGCAGAUCCAAUCAGGCAUGCUUGCACAGGGCUCCUGCACCCCCCUGAUGGUGGCCACCCUGCACCCCCACGUGGCGGCGGUGGGGCCGCAGUUCUCUCUCCCGCUGGCGCUGGGAUGCGGGGCGGCGAGGCCUGCCCUUCUGGAGCAGACGGCUACCGUGCUGCAGGCGUGGCCGGCGGGGACCCAGCAGAUCCUCAUACCUUCCGCCUGGCAGCAGAUGCCGGGCGUGGCCAUCCACAACCCCGCCCCGCCCAUCAUCCCUGAAUCGCCAAUGGGGGCGCUCCUCUCCGACGGCUCCGCCCAGCAGAUGCCCAACUGGAGGGGGCCCCACGGGGGCCAGUACGGCGGGGUCAUGCAGCAGCCCUCCGUCCUGGGGGGUCCCAUGUCCCUGGCCCCGGCCCAGCCGCUCAACAUGGGCGUGGCCCAUGUGGUGAGGCCCCAGCAAGGCAGCAUUUCGGGGAAGAGGUCCAAGGCCCGGCACGCCGACAGCCGUACCAGGGCCGCCUCUCGGCUGGAGCCCUCUGUCCCCGUGACACGCACCAGCCCGCCGCGCAACUCUCCCGCCUACAGCGCCGCCGCGCUCUCUCAGCCAAUCGUCAUCUCCGACACGCCCAGCCCCGCCGUCAGCAUCAUCACCAUCCACAGUGACACCGAGGACGAGGACGAGAGGAAGUUCCACCCUGCCAGGUCAGCUCACUUCCUGUCCUUGCCAGAGUGCAAUGCGAGCCUUUCAACGUCAGGCAAAUUUCAGAGUCAGAGUUGCAGCCUUGUCCUCCUGCAGUUUCUCAACAUUGUCUUAUCCUGGGCUGUGGGAGGGAAAAAAGGAUUGAUACUGAAUGUUAGUUUCGAGAUUGACCCUCAAAAUGUUUCACAAUGUGUGCGGUUAACCAGACAGUUUUGCAUGCAUGACUGUGACCGAUCGUCCCCCGCUCAGCCCGGCGCACGCUCGCGUUGCGAGUCGUCGGCCUUCUCCAGGUCGCUCGCCGUCGUCGUGCCGUCCGUGAAGAGCCAGCCAGCAGAGGGCGCCGCCGCGCCCAAACCCGCUGCGGGGCCAGGGCAACCGCAGAGUGUUUGCAGCAAGCCGAAGAAAGCGGCGGUGCAGCAGUCGUGUGGCGCGGGGUUCAGCGGCGAGCGGCAUCACAGAGCGGCGCCCAGUCGAUCGCAGCCCCUCAACCUCAGCCAGGUCCAGCCCGCCGUGUCCUCCUCUCACGAGCACGCGGGCGGCGGCGGCGGCUCUUCCCGCCGGCAGCACACCUACCCCCCCGUCUCGGCGCAUUCCCGCUACCGCCUGCAGGAGGCGCCGCUCUUCAGCUCCGCCCCCAGCCUGUACACCUACCCGGCGUCCGUGGCGCUGGCGUCCGCCUCCCAGGCUGUGGACCAGCUGCUGGCCUCCGGACAGGGCUCCGCCCCCUCGUCCUCCCGCCACGGCGGGGGCCCCGGCGGGCCCUACGCCGCCCCCGCCGUCCUGCGGAAGGACGCCGUGGGCGUGGGGGUGGGGCACGGGCUGCCCUCCCAGUACCCGCACCAGUUCCCCAGCCAGCCCUACAUCACCCCGGCCGCCCGCGCCAACGCCGCCUACAGCGGCUACCAGCUUAGCCCCAGGAAGCUAAACCAGUACCCCUAUCUGUGAGUGCCACAGCUAAACCAGUACCCCUAUCUGUGAGCACCUCAGCUAAACCAGUACCCCUAUCUGUGAAUGCCACAGCUAAACCAGUACCCCUAUCUGUGAGCACCUCAGCUAAACCAGUACCCCUAUCUGUGAGUGCCACAGCUAAACCAGUACCCCUAUCUGUGAGUGCCACAGCUAAACCAGUACCCCUAUCUGUGAGUGCCACAGCUAAACCAGUACCCCUAUCUGUGAGCACCGCAGCUAAACCAGUACCCCUAUCUGUGAGUGCCGCAGCUAAACCAGUACCCCUAUCUGUGAGCACCGCAGCUAAACCAGUACCCCUAUCUGUGAGCACCGCAGCUAAACCAGUACCCCUAUCUGUGAGUGCCACAGCUAAACCAGUACCCCUAUCUGUGAACGCCACAGCUAAACCAGUACCCCAUCUGUGAGUGCCA